AAAGAGAAAAGUUAAAGUGGAAUUGAGUUUGCGAACAGAGUUUUGUGAAGGAGAGAAGAAAAAGGUGGAUUGAGAUGAUGAUGAAAAGAUGUAUGGUUGGGUUAAGAGGAAGAUGAGUGGUGGCAAGUUGGGAAUGUGGGCUUAGCUUUAUUACUUGGAGAGGAGAAGUGUAUUAUUAUUAUAAUUUUUCCAUUUUUCAUCUCAUCCAAACAUGCCUUAGCUUCCAUCGUACCUGACAAACAUGGAGGGACCAUCUUCUCCACUCCAUCAUACACAAACUGCUUUCGACUUCCCAAACAUCACUCACUGUCAAAUGGAUUCGCUUCCAACAAAAACUUUACUAUGCCACUACCGACCUCUUCCACUUCAUCUUAGAUUCUCUUCGACCACCUCAAAAACAAAACACCCUUUUCUACUUCUUAUAUAAUCUCCAUCCAACUCAAAUAACUCAACACAUACACAUUCCUGUUACUCUCUUUCUCUACUGUGUUUUCCAUGGCCGAACUAUGGACACAAAUGGGCUCUUUGAUGGCCACAAUCAUGUUUCUGUAUGCCAUGCUAGAGCGUUUUUUCCCCGCUGCACUUCGUGACACUCUACAAAUCCACACUCAGAAACUUGUUAAUUUGUUGUACCCAUAUGUGCAAAUCACCUUCCCUGAGUUCUCUGGUGAGAGGCUCAAACGCAGUGAGGCUUACACUGCCAUCCAAACUUACCUCAGUGAGAACUCUUCCCAACUGGCCAAAAGGCUGAAAGCUGAAGUUGUGAAAGAUAGCCAGAACCCUUUGGUGCUUAGCAUGGACGAUGAUGAAGAAGUUACUGACGAGUUCCAAGGAGUGAAGCUUUGGUGGGCUGCUAGCAAGACUGCUUCUAACCCUCAUGCGUAUUCUUUCUCUUAUUACUCUCCCCUGGAUGGUAAGAGGUAUUUCAAGCUAACUUUCCAUAAAAAGCAUAGGGAUCUCAUCACCGUGGCUUACAUCAAACACGUGUUGGAAGAGGGGAAGGAAAUUGCCUUGAGAAACAGGCAACGGAAGUUGUACACCAACAAUCCUAGCAGUGGUUGGUAUGGUUACAAACAGUCAAAGUGGAGCCACAUAGUGUUCGAGCAUCCUGCAACGUUCGAGACUCUUGCAAUGGAGCGUACGAAGAAGGAAGAAAUCAUCAACGACCUUGUUAAGUUCAGGAAUGGGAAGGAUUACUAUGCGAAGAUUGGGAAGGCUUGGAAGCGGGGCUAUUUGCUGUAUGGUCCUCCUGGGACUGGUAAGUCUACCAUGAUAGCUGCAAUGGCUAAUUUCAUGAACUAUGAUGUGUACGAUCUUGAGCUGACAGCAGUGAAGGACAACACUGAGUUGAGGAAGUUGUUGAUUGAAACUUCUAGUAAGGCUAUUAUAGUUGUGGAAGACAUUGAUUGCUCGCUUGAUUUGACUGGGCAGAGGAACAUGAGGAAGGAAAGGAGUGAGGAAGAGGAAGCAAAAGAUCCUAAUAAAAAGGAAGAAGAGGAGAGUAACAGGAGUAGUAAGGUCACUCUUUCUGGGUUGUUGAAUUUUAUUGAUGGUAUUUGGUCAGCAUGUGGGGGAGAAAGGAUCAUCAUUUUCACAACCAACUUUGUGGACAAGCUUGAUCCUGCUCUUAUUAGGACAGGUAGGAUGGACAAGCACAUUGAAUUGUCCUAUUGCAGCUUUGAAGCAUUCAAGGUGCUUGCCAAGAACUACUUGGAUGUUGACUCACACCAUUUGUUUUCAAGGAUUGGCAAUUUGUUGGAAGUAACCACUGUGACUCCUGCUGAUGUUGCUGAAAAUCUCAUGCCCAAAUGUGUCAAUGAAGAUGUAGAGACUUGCUUGCUGAGUUUGAUUCAAGCUCUUGAGAAAAAGUUGGCGGAAGAAGAAGAAGAAGAAGAAUCAGAUGAUGGAGGGUUGAAUGAAGAAAAGGACAAGGAGGAAGCUACUGAGCAGGAGAUUAAAAAUAAUGGGCACUGUGUGGAAGAUGUGAAGGGAAAUGGAUUCAUCCUUUGAGUGGGAAAUGAAAUACUCUGACUGAGAUUGUUACACUUUUUCUUGUUAAAACAUCUAUUCUGCUACAUUAUUAUUUUGUCCACUGUAUCUUUUCGUCUGAAUUGAUAGCAAUCAUCUCCUGUUGUUCAAUUUGUGGUUGAAACAUCUUUUCAGCUAUAUUAUUGUGUUGAUCUAUCAUUCUCUUUCACACGUUCCUAUAAAUCCACUUCAACUCCAGGUAUUUUCAAACAGCC